AUGCUGCCGAAGAAGAGCAGCCUCCUGGAGAAGCGCAGUUUGUCACUCCACCCCAUCGCCAAGGGCAUGAGGGUCCUCCAGAGUGUGGCCACUCGUGACUCACACAACCCCGAGAGGAAGCGGCGGGGGACCCGGGACAGGCUGGCCCGCGUCAGCCGCUGCUACUCCAAGAUGGACAUUCCCAGCCCUACCGGCUUCAUAUCCAAAAUGGAGGAACUGAGGAGAAUGUUCCUCAUGCGGCCCGGAUGCCCCCAGUUCAGUACCAGAGCCACAUCCAUGACGCACUUGGGCUCGGACAGCAUGGUCACCCUGCCCAUGGUCAUGAGCGUCAGCUCUCCAAACUGGAGGGUGGCUGAGGAACCUCUCUUGGACAGACAGGGCUCCACCACGAACGAGGAUGGGUACUCCCUCAAGUUCAGCAAGAGCGCCUGCGAGUUCAGCUACCUGCGGAAGGACACCUUGAGCUCCAGCCUGAGUUCCAUCCCCACGGGCUUCCUGGUCACUCCCGAACGGAGGAUGCCCUGGUACAUCUCUGUCAUCCAUGAUAAGGAUCACUCUCUACUUAUGAUGGGGGAAGAAAUCCAGCGACUCGCUGAGCUGGAGGCACAGGUACAGAAGAAAGACCAGGAGAUCCUGGUGCUCCGGAAGGAGAAAGAGGUCCUCAAGAAGCAGCUGGCCGCCCUCCUGAGAAGCAAGAGCCAGGAGCUGUCUGUGGCCUCUACCAGAAGGGAGUUGUCCAUGGGGCAGCUGAGCGUCCUGAAGAACAUCUACAAGGAUGAGGAGGAGAUGCAGCUCUGGAUUCAGAGGCAAGAGGCGCAGGUCAUGAUGGAGCCCGCCAGGGAGCAGCAGCCGGAGCUGGGGACAGUGGAGGAGGAGAAGGACCUGGAGGCCGCAGCCAAAGCUCCAGCGAAGGGCAGCAUGGGUGCCACUGAGGAGAGAGCAGAGGACGCGGAGAGGACGGAGGAGGAGGAGCAGCAGGAGCAGCAGGAGGAAGAGGAAGAGGAGGAGGAAGAGGAGGAGGAGGAUCAGGAUGGGUGGGAACUGCCCGAGGAAGACGAGCAUCCAGUCAGGAAGCUGUACUCGCUGACCGACUCCUUCGAGGAGGAGCUGCUGGCCCAGCUGGAGGAGUACGAGCGCAUGCUCCUGGACUUCCAGAACGAGCUGGAGCUCACCAGGACCCGGCACUCCCUCGCCGUAGGAGCCAUCACAUCCCUACACCGACAAAUAGAUUUCCAGGAAUCCCAGCUGCGCAAGGUCAACAUGGAGAACGAGAUGCUGAAGCGAGAGCUCCGGGAGCGGAAGCAGCAGCUGCAGGCCAUGUCCGACAAGUUCUCCAAUCUCCGGGAGGAAAAGAAGCACCAGGAGAUGAUGGGCCUUAUCGAGAGGGAAAACCUCAUCUUCCGGCAGAACAUCUCGAACUUGGAGAAGGACGUGGCAGAGCGAGACGUCACCAUCUCCCAGCUGGACGCCAAGGUGGCUGAGCUGCAGGCCCAGGUGGACCAGUGCCAGAACCACCUGCAGCGGAGAAAGCAGCUGCAGGAAGACCUGCAGAUGAGGAAUGAGAUGACCCAGCAGGCAGAGCAGCAAGCCCGCGUGGCCCUGGAGAGCGCCCAGUCCAGGCUGGAGAGACUCCGGAAUAAGGUCAUCCAGGCUGCCUUCAGUGCCAGUGGGACCAAGACAACCACAGAGAUCUCUGACAACUCCAUCCUGGAAACCCUGCAGAAAAUCAUCUCGGAAAGAAAUGAGUACUACAACCAGCUGAAGCAGAAGGGAGUCAAGGUCCCACCGCUGCAGCAGUCCGACAGCACCCUGCCUACGAAGGCCAAGAAGAUUACUUCCAAGUAG